CAUGAUUGAGGCAAAUCUAUCAGCAGUGUUAUCAAUGGACUGGUUACUCUGAAGUGCCGAUGUUGUAGUGGCUUUACUGUGCUUAAAAAUAAAGUUACCAUGUUUCUGCAGAACAGAAAUAACAGCUGCAAAAGGUUAACCUAGUAUAUCUUAUGCAUCUUUUAAAUGUGUGAUACUUCUCAAGUCUCCACCCUCACUUUAGAGACCAAAGAUUUGAUUCAAACUGAUUGUCCUUUUCUCACAAUUUUAAAAAUCACAUCUCAUCAAUUCUAGUGUAUAUUUUAUCUGUCAAAUACUUUCCCCUGCAUUUCACAAUGAUUUUUCUGAGUUCCUGGUUGAGAACAAUAUAUAACUCUUGCUGUUUAAACUGCAUGUCUUCUUUGAGUUGAUGGCACACAUUUUCCCUUUGAAGAAUCUCUCUGUAUUAUGCAUGUUACUGUAUGCCAGAUCAGCUGAAUGGCAGUUCUGCAUAUAGGGCGGGGAGGGAAUUCUCUGCUUAUUCUACAUUGGAUAGUGUCUGCUAUUCUGUUUAAUCAGAGAACCUAGAUGGCCAUUGCAUGCUGUCAGAACCCUUUUUCUCUUGCAAGUCCCAGAGACACUAUUAAUUAAAAAAAAAAAAAAAUUCUUCCCCUGCCAUGAUUCAGGUUGGGGCAAGAUCCCCAGUUUUGGGGCCCCGUCAGCCCCCUCAACUUCCACUGCCUAAAUGGAGAAUAAACCUAACUACUACUCCUGCACAACCCCCUCACUCUCCAACCGUACACACUCCACACAGAUCCCCUACAUUCUAGCACAGCAGCACUGCCAGUACUCAGAUCUGGCACCUAGAUCUUCUUGGAUCCUGCUAUUUUUGGCCCUACCUGUGCAUUCCACUGUCUAAACACAGAACAAAUGUAAUUGUUCCUACUCCCACAAAAAAAUCCAGAAAUCAGUGCCUCUAAGUGCAGUGCUGCAAAAUUCCAAAUCUGGAUCCUGUCAGAUAAAAUGUGAUCCAGGUUAUUCUAGCGUACUAGGAAAAUCUGCAUAUGUACUGAAGUUAGAUGGUAAAGCUAGAGGAAUGCAGCCCAAAAACUAUCCAGAUCCAGAUGUUAAUUUAGAGAUUUGGGUAGAAUACUAGAAGUACAAUAUAAUCUAUUGCUACAAUUUCUGGUUUAUGGUCGAAAGUUGGCAGGCUCCAGAGCCUGGGUCUGAGUUUGUUGUGAUCCUGUUGAGCUGCAGUGUAGCAGGGUGGAUUCUGAAGGUGCGUAAGGAGCAGCUCCUCCUAGUCUCUUUUUAGACAGUGAACGUUGGGGGCUUGAGGGGGAGGGGAAGGGGGGGAGAGGAGGAUCCAGGUGUUGAGUCUGCAGGUUGGUCGCUGCCUCGGCGUGCAAUGAUGCUUAACGCUCUAGGUCUUGUGUUUGUGCGCGGGCGCGCAAAUCGGAGCCCUUACACUUGAUCUCCCAGCAGUGGUAUUUGCACGGAAAGGGGCGUCUUACACUGGGAUACAUUAGGGCGAGGGGUUCCCCUUGGGGUCGGAGCCUCGAAGCGCCUCUCUCCAUGUAGACGGGGCGUGGCUUCUGAGCGCCAAAGCCGGCGGAUUCCGGCGGGAUCCAGCUUUUCCCGUUUUCCGCGGCGAGGGGCUUUUUGAAGGAGCCUGUCUCCACAUUCCUGAUUUGCUGGGAUAUUGUGGAGGGCUCCUCCUGGGCUGGGCUGCUGCUGCUGACGCGUGGCCGCGGCUCUGCUGCUGCUGCACGUCCCUCUGACGUGUUGGAACCAGACCUAGACCCAGCGGAGACCCGGGCUCCAGCUCGCUGCUGCUGCUGCGCCGGUUUGCCAAGCAUAAUCAACCAUGACUACAGAAUCGGGAUCAGACUCUGAAUCCAAGGAUCAGGACCAAGACCAACAAGAAGCCCCUGCACAGCAAGGGACAGCUGGGGCACAACCUCAAGACCAGCAGCAGCAGCAGCUCAGUGAGGAACAUCAGAACGCGAUAGACCAGUUCUCUGCUGUGGCAGCACACAGUACGCCUGUGAAAAAAGAGCAGGUCACUGACAGAGAAAGGGAGUUUGCUGCUGCUGCUGCAAAACAGCUGGAAUACCAGCAGUUUGAAGACGACAAGCUCUCUCAAAAAUCAUCAUCUAGCAAACUCUCCAGAUCUCCUCUAAAGAUUGUUAAAAAGCCGAAAAACAUGCAGUGCAAAGUGAUGCUCCUGGAUGGCUCUGAAUAUGGAUGUGAAGUGGAGAAACGUUCCAGAGGUCAAAUAUUGUUUGACAAAGUAUGUGAACAUCUAAAUCUUUUGGAAAAGGACUACUUUGGGCUAACAUACAGAGACAUGGAAAACCAAAAGAACUGGUUGGACCCUGCAAAGGAAAUCAAAAAGCAGAUGCGAAGUGGUGCUUGGCAGUUCUCCUUUAAUGUGAAAUUUUACCCUCCAGAUCCUUCCCAGCUGUCUGAAGAUAUUACCAGGUACUACCUCUGCUUGCAGCUGAGAGAUGACAUAGUGUCUGGACGGCUGCCUUGUUCUUUUGUUACUCUUGCUCUUUUGGGGUCCUAUACCGUUCAGUCAGAACUUGGAGAUUAUGAUCCUGAUGAAUAUGGGAGUGAUUAUGUCAGUGAAUUCCGGUUUGCACCAAAUCAUACUAAAGAACUGGAAGACAAAGUAAUCGAGCUGCACAAGAGCCACAGGGGAAUGACACCUGCAGAGGCUGAGAUGCAUUUCUUGGAGAAUGCCAAAAAACUAUCCAUGUAUGGAGUUGAUCUACAUCAUGCCAAGGAUUCUGAAGGAGUUGAAAUCAUGUUAGGGGUUUGUGCCAGUGGUCUCUUAAUAUAUCGAGACCGACUCAGGAUAAAUAGAUUUGCCUGGCCAAAAGUUCUGAAAAUUUCGUAUAAGAGGAACAAUUUCUACAUCAAAAUCCGACCAGGAGAGUUUGAACAGUUUGAAAGCACUAUUGGGUUUAAGUUGCCAAAUCAUCGUGCUGCAAAGCGUUUAUGGAAAGUAUGUGUUGAACAUCACACGUUUUUCAGGCUGUUGUUACCAGAAGCACCGCCAAAGAAAUUUCUUACACUGGGUUCCAAAUUCCGCUACAGUGGAAGAACACAAGCCCAAACUAGACGAGCCAGUGCACUAAUAGACCGUCCUGCACCUUACUUUGAGCGUUCUUCCAGCAAACGUUAUACUAUGUCUCGCAGCUUAGAUGGGGCAUCAGUGAAUGAAAACCAUGAAAUGUACAUGAAGGAUUCUAUGUCUGCUGCAGAGGUUGGUACUGGCCAGUACGCCACAACAAAGGGCAUCUCUCAAACCAACUUGAUAACCACUGUGACUCCAGAGAAAAAAGCAGAGGAAGAAAGAGAUGAGGAAGAGGGCAAAAAAAAAGGAGAGGAAAUCACUCCAGUCUCUGCAAUACGCCAUGACACAAAGUCAUCUUUGCUUGGCACUGAUUCAUUUCAUUCCUCAUCAACCUCACAGUCUGGUCCCCCUGUAUCUUCAACAAAGCUUCGUAGGAGAUGUAAGGAGAAUGCUCAAAACCCGUUAAGUUAUGAGUCAUCUAAAGACAUUAUGCAAAUACACGGUGAGUCUGACUUAGACUCUGAUAGAAAAGGAAGAGUUUGCUCUGCUGAACAAGACAUGGCUUUUAACUAUAAGCAAAAAGCUGGUAACGGUGGAACACUGUUUUCCUUCUCCUUGCAACUUCCAGAGUCAUUUCCUGCUCUCCUGGAUGAUGAUGGCUACCUUUCCUUCCCUAACCUCUCUGAAACCAACUUCCUGCCUGAAAGUGUGCAGAAUUACCUUCCCAUCCGAUCACCAUCCCUCGUGCCUUGUUUCCUUUUCAUAUUUUUCUUUCUGCUAUCUGCCUCGUUCUCAGUGCCAUAUGCUCUCACUCUCUCCUUUCCUCUGGCUAUGUGCCUCUGCUACCUGGAGCCCAAGGCGGCCUCCUUGAGUGCCUCACUUGACAAUGACCUGAGUGACAGUUCAGAGGAAGAGACGGACAGUGAACAGACGGAUACUGCAGCUGAUGGUGAAACUACUGCCACAGAGUCGGAUCAAGAGGAAGAUGGAGAUCUCAAGGCACAGGAGCUAGACAAAAAUCAAGAAGACCUGAUGAAACACCAGACCAAUAUAAGUGAACUGAAACGAACUUUCUUGGAAACCUCCACAGACACUACAGUGUCUAACGAAUGGGAGAAGAGGCUUUCGACAUCUCCAGUUCGGCUUGCUGCAAGACAGGAGGAAGCUCCAAUGAUUGAACCACUUGUGCCUGAAGAGACCAAAGAAGAGAGAGAAAAAUCUGAAAAACUUAUAUUUUUGCAGAAGGGAAGUACUACAUUCCUGGAGUCGCAGCCAAGGGAGAUAGAGAAGAAACUGCAGGAAGGAGAAUCUGCUGGCACUGUUGUUACUUCUCAUCAAAUCAUUUUCCAGAAAAGUGUUCCAUCAUCCUUAGAGGGCACUGAGGAUUGGGUUAUUGUAGACAAAAUACCUACUGAGGUAGUUGAUGGUGAAUCGAAAAAAAUUGUGACAUACAAAGUCAUGACUGUGCGCAGUAAAACUGGUGACAUUCCACCUGAGAUAUUAAAAUCCAGUACCAUUGAAAUGCAAAGCUUUGAGGACUUGGAAAAUGAAAUACAAUCAAAAGAGGAGAAUAAACAGAAAAUGUACACCUUAGGAAAGUCCUAUGACACUAUAUCCGGGAAAAUUGUAACCAUGACAAGUAAAGCUAAAGAGGGAGAGAAAACAGUGCAGUCAUCACUAGAAGCAUUUCAAAAAAUGGAGAGGGGAAUGCCAGAAUCUGUGAAAAUCAUUCCAGUAGUGGCUGAAUAUGAAAUUCUAGAGCCCAUCACAGACGAAAAAGCAAGGAGGGGAUCCGAUGUACAGAGUACAAAAAGAAAGCUGUCCGAAUCUUUAACACCUAUAAAGGAAGCAGAGUCUCAGUUGCAUAGUCCUGAAGAGGAAAGUUUGAAGAAAGCACAAAAGAUGGACCAGGAUUUUCAUGGUACACUGGGAAGCUUGCAGUUUGGCAGAGCUGAAAAACACCUUGACAGUGAAGCUCUGAAAGCAGGGGCAUUUGGUCGGAAAGAUAAGAGCCUGUCUGAGUGGAGAUAUUCCAGAGAACAGCCAUUUACCAUUGCUACUGCUCACUAUGUUUCUGAGUCGUCUGCAUCAAGAGUAGUGACUAAACAGUCCUCCAGUGAAAAAACCUUGGAUGGUUCAGAUAUCUUCAGUUUAUUAGAGUCUGCAAGAAAACCAACUGAGUUCAUAGGAGAGGUUACUUCUACUUCACAGAGCAGGGCUCAGAAAACGGAAACAAAGGCCAGCCAGGAGAUAAGUGUCAGCGAAAUGAAGGAAGAGGUUCAGCCAUAUCAGGAUUCAGUGAAGAAGGUUGUGCAGGAGACUGUACUGGUCGAGGAGAGAUAUGUGACGAAUGUGCAUGCAAGUGGGGAUGCUGUUAAAUUGGCUGGAGAUCAGCUGGAUGCUAUGGCACAGGCAGUAUCUGCUGUUGCUUCUAGUAUGAAAGGAGAGGGUUCAGCUGUGACUGAGGGGGCUAAAGAGGAAAAAAGGGAGGAGGCUGAUAAAGCUGUAACCAAGCGGGAAGGAAUUGCUGCUGCUUCUCAUCAGCAGGAGGAGGAGCAGAGUGCAACAGUCCAUGUUUCCGAUACAUUGGAAAGAAAACCUCAUUUUGAGUCACCAGUUGUGAAGACUGAAACCAUCAGCUUUGGCAGUGUUUCUCCAGGUGGGGAGAAGCUUGAAAUGUCUACCAAGGAAGUUCCCAUAGUUCAUACAGAAACAAAAACCAUUACAUAUGAAUCAUCACAGGCAGAUUCUGGUGCUGACUCAGAGCCAGGUGUGUUGAUGAGUGCACAGACCAUCACAUCUGAAACUACCAGUACUACAACUACAACACACAUCACGAAAACUGUGAAAGGAGGCAUUUCAGAGACAAGAAUUGAAAAACGAAUAGUCAUCACAGGAGAUGCAGAUAUUGACCAUGAUCAGGCGCUGGCUCAGGCAAUUAAAGAGGCCAAAGAGCAGCACCCUGACAUGUCAGUGACCAAAGUAGUGGUACAUAAAGAGACAGAAAUCACACCAGAAGAUGGGGAGGAUUGACCCACAGGAGUAAUUUAGCUUGCAUACGAAUCCAGUCAUGCACACCCUUAGGAAUACCAGAGCCUAUAUGGAGUCUCAGUUCUAACCUGACUGACUUGUAUCUGUCCAUGGAAAAUUUCAGUACCGAAGAAUUGAUCGUAAAUGCUAAUAAAGACAUUGGCAGAGAUAUUUUCC